UGCAUUCUUGUUUUUAUUUUUGAGAAAAUGCGAAUAUGUAUGGUCACAGAUUUUUUUUAUCCAAGUAUAGGUGGAGUAGAAGAACACGUUUUCAAUUUAUCACAGAUCCUAUUAAGCCACGGACAUAAAGUCAUUGUGUUAACACACUGCUAUGGUGAUUGUAGAGGUAUUCGUUACUUAACCAAUGGAUUAAAAGUAUAUUAUUUACCAAUUAAACCGUUCUACAAUCAGUGUAUACUGCCCACAAUUUUAUGUCAAAUACCACUUAUACGAUGCGUACUGUUGCGGGAAUGCAUUGAGGUAGUGCACGGACACUCGGCAUUUAGCACGCUGGCACAUGAAGCCAUGAUUAUUGGCAAUAUGCUGGGCCUGAGGACUGUUUUUACGGAUCACAGUCUUUUUGGGUUUGCUGAUUUGUCAGCGGUUUUCACUAACAAAAUGCUGGAGAUAAAUUUGGCUAAUGUAAACCACUGCAUCUGCGUCUCUCACAUUGGUAAAGAAAACACUGUAUUACGAGCACGCAUACCAAAAGAAAAAGUUUCCGUCAUUCCAAAUGCUGUUGACACUGCCCUAUUUACACCAGAUCCAAGUAAACGACCUGUGGACGGCACAAUUAACAUUGUGGUCGCCUCACGCCUAGUCUAUCGAAAAGGCAUUGAUUUACUUGCUGGCGUAAUUCCUCGUUUUAGGCAUACGCCCAAAAUAAAUUUUAUUAUAGUUGGUGAUGGGCCAAAACGUGAUCUACUUGAAGAAGUACGUGAAAAGGUAAACAUGCAAGAUCGCGUUGAAUUAAUAGGGGCCGUUGAACAUUCCCAAGUUCGCGACAUCCUUGUACGUGGGCACAUUUUUGUAAACACCUCACUCACUGAAGCGUACUGCAUGGCUAUAGUAGAAGCAGCUGCAUGUGGCCUGCAAGUCGUAUCUACCCGCGUGGGUGGUAUACCUGAAGUAUUACCUUCGAAUUUAAUAAUUCUGACGGAACCUGAAAUCGAUUCCGUUUAUCAGGGCGUACUCAAAGCAAUUAACCGGUAUAGGUGCUUUUUUAAUAACCAACGACCGACCUUACUUGGGACUAGUGUCAAUGGCGGUGUUCAUGUUGUGGGGUAUGGUGCUAUGAAAACAGCUCACGAACAAAAAAGUGCGACACUGACAAAAUCACGACAUGUAAACUCAGGUGUGCAUAAGGUAAAACACGCAAAGAAUACCGGAGCUUUUAAGGGUAUUGAAGACAUGGAAGCUGUGCUUUGCCCAUAUAAAUGUAAUGAGAUUGUUUCUACACUGUACAACUGGGAGAAUGUUACGCAAAGGACAGAAAGGGUAUAUGCGCGUAUUUUGGUCGAACCUGAAAAAUCGCUAGGUGCUCUACUUUGGGGUUACCUGCGCAGCAAAGUAUGGCCAUUCCUUUUGGUUAUAUCUAUGGCCCAUAUACUGCUAUUAUUUUUAGAAUAUCUACGACCACGUCGCUAUAUGGAGAAAGCCAAAGAACUGACGCGCUUGCGUAAUCAAUAAACGCUUUUUGUAUUUUCAUACAUAUAUAAAUACUUUUAUUCCUAAAUAUUCUUAAAAUCUACAUAGAUGAGAUUACUAUGAUUACGUAAGGUUUAUUAAAAAUUACCAAUUAACUAAUACCAUCAAUUUGGUUCUGUUUACACUUUUAAG